UCCGGCCUUUCCGUUGGCUAAAAUAAAGAACAAAAAUUUAUCGUAUAGCACAUACUGAUCCCAACUUUGCAUAAAAACCAAACGAAACUCUCCCCAUUGAUGACUUCAAUUUCACACAUGGCUUCAAACAAUCUGAGGCUGGAGGGGAAAGUAGCCAUCAUCACCGGCGGAGCCAGCGGCAUAGGCGAAACCACCACGCGCCUCUUUUCCGCUCACGGCGCCUCAGUCAUCAUCGCCGACAUAAACGAUUCCCUCGGCCACCUCGUCGCCGCCUCCAUCUCACCUCCCGGCCGCUGCUCCUUCAUCCACUGCGACGUCCGCAACGAACUCCACCUCGCCGCCGCCGUCGACCACGCCAUCACCACCUACGGCCGCCUCGACAUCAUGUUCAGCAACGCCGGCGUGGCCGGCCCCCUCACCGGAAUCCUCGGCCUCGACCCCGCAAGCCUAGAUCAAACUCUCGCCGUCCACGUCCGCGGCACAGCGUUGGCCAUCAAGCACGCCGGACGGGCGAUGGUGGCGGCAGGGACGCGGGGGUCUAUCAUAUGCACGGCAAGCGUCGCGGCAAUACACGGCGGGCUCGCGCCGGCGGCAUACACGACCGCAAAGCACGCGGUUUUGGGGCUUGCGAAGGCAGCGGCGGCGGAACUUGGUGGGAAAGGGGUGAGGGUGAAUUGCGUGUCCCCGUAUUUGCUGGCGACGCCGCUGACAUGCGGGGGGUAUGGGGUGGAUGCGGCGAAGCUGGAGGAGAAAUCGUGCGCUGGGGCGAACCUCAAAGGGGCGGUGCUGAAGGCGACUGACGUGGCGGCGGCGGUGCUGUUCUUGGCCUCCGACGAGUCAGGUUUUGUAAGCGGGCAUAACUUCGUUAUCGACGGCGGAACGACGGUGGUGAACUACACGUUACUCUAAAUUGAUUUAUGAGAGCUAUCCGCGAGAAGAUAUAGAGCGAUGGUUGAUAUGAAAGAGAGAAAUCAUUUAGAUUUUCCUACAAUAAGUUCGAAUGAGUUCUAUAUUACAAAGUUUUUUUUUUUGAAUGAUGAAGAAUAAAUUAUAAAUCUAAGAUCCUUUCAAAUUUAUUGUA